UAUAAGUCCAAAGAUUUAUAAGUAAACGAUGACGACAAACAAAGCAAAAUAAGGUUUGAAGUUGUUUUAAGAAGAGGAAUCCGGCCAGUAAAAACACAACUGCCGACCACCGAUGCUCGCAACCCUCGCGGGUGCUACAUUUACCGCCCUGCGCUACUUCCGUCCAUCUUCUUCUCCAGCUCCAGUUUUAUCAUAUUACACUUCAUAUUAUUCACUCAAAAUAUUCCAUACUUCAAUUGCGGUCAUGGAUUUAACUAAUAACAGUGAUAGAAAAAAUAGUCACAAAAGCUCAUCUUUUUCAUCAUCCUCUUCUUCUUCUGGAAGGCUCAGUGGUGGAGGAAGAAGUUCAACAAAACAAGAAAGUCAUGGAAGGUCAAGAGGGCGAGGUGGCGGCGGCGGCGGCGGACAAGAUAGGAUAGAUGCUCUUGGAAGGCUCUUGACUCGUAUUUUGAGGCAUAUGGCUUCUCAACUGAACUUAAAUAUGAGGAGUGAUGGAUAUGUCAAGGUUGAAGAUCUAUUGAGGCUUAAUCUGAAAACAUUUGCCAAUGUCCCAAUAAGUUCUCAUACCUUUGACGAUAUUAAGGAGGCAGUCAGAAGGGAUAAUAAGCAGCGGUUUGGCUUGCUUGAAGAGAAUGGGGAGCUUUUGAUUCGUGCAAACCAAGGUCAUACAGUAAUGCUGAUUGAGACUGAAAGUUUGCUUAAACCUAUCCUUUCAGCUGAAGAAUUUCCUGUUUGUGUCCAUGGGACCUACAAGAAGAAUUUAAAAUCGAUCUUGGAGAGUGGUCUCAAACGCAUGCAAAGGUUACAUGUCCAUUUCUCUUGUGGGUUACCGACUGAUGGUGAAGUUAUCAGUGGUAUGCGGAGGGAUGUAAACAUAUUGAUAUUUCUCGAUGUCAGAAAAGCUCUUGAAGGGGGGUUGAAGCUCUAUAUUUCAGAAAAUAAGGUGAUCUUAACAGAAGGUUUUGAUGGUGUUGUCCCUGUUGAUUGUUUUGAGAGGAUAGAAUCAUGGCCUGAUAGGAAGCUUAUUCCUUUUGAGACUCGUAUCACCUAAAACCCUCAACAAUAUCCUUCACAAGUGUGUAAAAUGCUAACCUGACUUCCUUGUCAACUCAGAAAGUUCGUGUAGUAGCAUCAAGCAUAAUUUAAAUCAGUUACAGAUUUAUACAUUGGAUUGGUGACUCAGAGUAUCGUAGCUUUACUUUAGUACAUGUUGAACACUGGAAUAUAUUUGAAAAGAACGAUCUUUAAUUCGUGAACUGAAUGAACAUAGAUAUUUUUGUUUGAAA